AUGUCCGACGACAGUGCAUCUCGCAUCGCUUGGCUGGCCGACCAGGCAGAAAAGCUUCAAAAUAGCGUCGUGAACGUUCACCAAGGGCUCUCGCUCGCACCGUCAUUGUACUUCAGCACUCGUCGAUGCACGUACAGCGACGUCGUGUCAAUUGUCACGACCGUGCAGACGCAGUCACGGAUCGCAUCGGCCCAACAAAGCCACGCAAGGCGUCACAACCAUGCCGACACAUUCAACGACCCGCUCUAUGUAAACCCUCUCCAAAACGACCGUGACCGCGACCGCGACAACCUGGAGCGCUACCGCAAAGCCCUCUCGUUCGAGCGAUCUAUCUUUAUGUCCAAGCUAGAUUCACACCGCCACACCCGCCUUGAGGGCGAGUACAAGGCCGCAUGUACGAUUCAGCGCACGCAGCGCGGCCAUGCGCUCCGUAAGAAUCUCGACCGACUCAAGAAGACUCUCGUCAUUCGGAACAAAGUACGCGUCGCAAUGAAGGACGUGACGUACGGCACUGGCAUCAUACUCGAGGAGAAGGACCGCACACGAGCGCGAUUCCACGAGUGCACGAAUGCAGCGGUGCGCAUACAGCGUAUCUUUCGCCAGCGCCUCGCACUUGCCAUUUGCCGCAAAGAGGCGCGUAUGGUAGCGGAAGAAGUCCUCAACGACUGUGCGCGCGUGAUCCAAUCCUACGUCCGGCAGCGCCUGGCGCGUUGCUACGUGCGCAAAAUUCGGCUCCGGCACUACGAGCUUUUGUGCCUUCGCCUUGCGCUGCUUCUACAGCGACUCUACCGAGGGUACAUUGCGCGCGGUGUCCUUCGCAUGCGCCGUUACUGUCU